AUGUCAAGGACCUCGUCAGUAUCAGACGAUGACAUGUCGUCCUUCAGUGGUCACGAUGAUUACGAUUACGAAACCGAUUGCACAACCCCUGCUCCAUCAUGCUCUGGAGAACACAUUGAGAACGAAGAGGUGGAGAGCUUCAGAGCUCGCGAGUAUCCCCAACUUGCAGGCAAAAUCUAUCUUGAUCAUGGAGGAUCAACACUCUACGCCAAGUCUAUGGUCGAGGACUUCUCACAAGACUUGAUAUCAAACCUAUAUGGCAACCCGCACUCGGACUCGACACCUUCGGCUAUCGCUGGUCAUCGGAUAGACGCCAUUCGCGAUAAGGCUCUUCGCUUCUUCAAGGCCGAUCCUGAAGAAUGGGAUCUAGUCUUUGUCGCCAACGCUACUGCCGCCAUCAAGCUUACUAUUGAAUGUCUCAGAGAUCAUGCUGCUUCUACACACAAGCAACUGUGGUAUGGUUAUCAUCGUGAUGCCCAUACAAGUCUUGUGGGUAUACGCGAGCUCACACCUACGAGUCGAUGCUUUGCUAGCGAUGACGAGGUAGAGAAGUGGGUUGAGUGUGGUGGGGCUGGCGGGCCUCUUCCUCGCCAAUUAGGCCUCUUCGCUUAUCCUGGUCAAUCAAACAUGACCGGUCGUCGUCUUCCACUCUCUUGGCCUGGUAUGAUAAGAGAGAAGAUCCUUCGAGCCAACACUUACACGCUUCUUGAUGCGGCUGCUCUAGCGAGCACAGCCCAGCUUGACCUCAGCAAUACCCGAGAAAGUCCGGACUUUGUAGCUCUCAGCUUUUACAAGAUUUUCGGCUUCCCUAACGUUGGCGCUCUACUUGUGCAAAAGUCCUCGGCUCAUGUCCUGGCAAAUCGCAAGUACUUUGGUGGCGGUACAGUCGACAUGGUUGUGACUCUCAAUGACACCUGGCAUGCGAGAAAGACUACCACUGUUCAUGAUGCACUCGAGGAUGGUACCCUACCAUUCCACUCUAUCUUUGCUCUGGACCACGCCAUCAACGUUCACAAACGUCUUUACGGGUCAGAGCCAAUGAAGUUCAUUUCUCGACACACAGCACAAUUAUCAAAGCAACUCCACGACAACCUCUGCAACCUACGACACCGUAACGGCAAGCCUGUGAUUAGGAUCUACAAGGAACGGAACACCGUCUAUGGCGAUAGCAAAUCCCAAGGCGCCACAGUCGCUUUCAACGUGCUCAAGUCUGACGGCUCACUUGUUCCUUACACAGAAGUCGAAAAGUCAGCCGACAGCCAAAGUAUCUACAUUCGUAGUGGCUCUCUCUGCAAUCCUGGUGGUAUGGCGACCUACCUCAACUGGACAUCGCAAGAGAUGAGGGCCGCCUUCGCAUCCGGCCAUCGCUGUAGUAACCCCACACAAAUCGUUGAUGGUAAAGCAACAGGCGUUGUUCGUGUAUCUCUCGGUGGUAUGUCGACCGCUUCCGACAUCAGAGCAUUAAUUUCCUUCCUUCGCGCUUCGUAUGUGGACACUACAACGCCAAAGUCGAUACCUCUGGCCAGACAACCUGUUUCUGCACAACGAGCCUCCUUCAUCAAGAUACGAAUCCCAGAGGGAAGCGAGAUGAAGUCGAUCAUGAGAACAGCUCCUGUCAUCAACGGCCCUUCUUCUCGCCCUCCACCCGCUCUCCGAAACCGUCUACGCAAAUCCUUCGACCUCAGCACCGGAUCGCCCGGCUCAUCUGUGACUUCCAUCUCCUCAUCUGGCCUCCCUCGCUCUCAAUCAUCCAACUUGAUUGGUCUGAAGUCAAAACCCAAUCUCAGUAGACGUACAAGUUUACUCAAUCGCUCAGACGCAAAACCAGUGGCAGGACGCUGGGACAAUUUCUGGCGUGAAGAGACUGCUGCUCUUGUCGCUGCUGGCGCUGUCGAGAGUGAAGUCGCUUCUUCUCCUGCUGCAGCACCCAAGAAAGAGAAGGAAAAGGAACGAGGAGGUUUCAGAAAGGUUGCGAGAGCCUUGACCAUGUCCAGACGACACGAUUGA